AUGAUCGCACAGUUCGUGAAAGGCAAUCAUAGGUCUUGGGACAACCACCUGGUGGAGUUCCAGUACGCCCUCAACACGGCUGUCCACGACUCUACUGGAUUCACUCCUGCGAUGCUGUGUUUCGGACGCGAACUGAAGCCUCCCUGUGCCGUCCGUGGCCCUUCGUUUGAGGUGACUGAGACUCCCCACGAUCCCUUGCUAAGUGAGGUCCACCGUAAACGACUGGAGGAGUUUCAGCGUCUGAUCACGCAGACACACAAGAACCUCAAGGCUGCCUACGAGAGGCAAUCGACAUAUUAUAACCUCCGUCGUAGGGAGGUGACUCACGAAGUUGGUACGCAAGUGAUGAGAAGACUCCACGUCCUGUCUUCCGCUGCCGACGCCAUCGUAGGGAAAUUAGCACCAAAAUAUCAUGGCCCCUGCAUUGUGGUCGGUCGUCGAGGUACUAACCUCUACGAGGUGCGUGAUGAGGAUACUGCUGCACUGCACGUCGUUCACGUGAAAGACUUGAAACCUUUCUGUGCACGUGACUAG